GCAAGCGCGCCGCCCCGUUGAGAGUGAAAAGUGAAAGAUCCCAUUUUCCCAUUUCUUUCCUUUUCUUCUUCUCAUUAUUACUAUGGCUUCCGCUUCUUUAUCACUUUUUUCCACGCUCUCUAAACUCUCUUCUUCUCUCCCAACUUCUCCUCCUAAGCUUUCGUUUCCCCUUCAUUCCCUGUCGGUUAAGUUCAAUCCCCCUGCUUUUUCACUCAGUUUUCCCCCGAUUUUCCCUGGGCUUUCCCGGUUACAUUCCCCCAAGAAUCACCGACCUCUUGCCUCCCUAACUGACAUGGCAUCGGACAAAAGGGUUUUUGAUUCAGGUGACGACUUGGCUGUUUCUCUAGCCAAAUACACCGCCGAUUUGUCGGAUCACUUUGCUAACAAGAGGGGCGCUUUCACUGUUGUUCUCUCUGGUGGAUCUCUCAUCAAAUGCCUCAGGAAAUUGGUGGAGCCACCGUAUGUUGAUUCAAUAGACUGGUCGAAAUGGCACGUGUUUUGGGUUGAUGAGAGAGUUGUACCCAAAGAUCACGUUGACAGCAACUACAAACUCGCUUAUGAUGGAUUUCUUUCUCAGGUGCCAAUUCUCCCUGGUCACGUUUAUGCUAUUAAUGAUGCACUAUCUGCUGAGGGUGCAGCUGAAGAUUAUGAAACCUGCCUGAAGCAUUUGGUAAAUACCAAAGUGGUUGAUGUCUCAGCAGCAAGCGGGUUCCCAAAAUUUGAUCUUAUGCUUCUCGGUAUGGGCCCAGAUGGGCACGUGGCUUCUUUAUUUCCAGGUCACCCCCUUCUCAAUGAGAAUCAGAAAUGGGUCACCUUCGUCAAGGAUUCCCCCAAACCACCCCCAGAGAGAAUCACUUUCACCUUUCCGGUUAUCAACUCAUCGGCGUAUAUCGCACUUGUGGCGCCCGGUGCUAGCAAAGCAGAUGCUGUGUAUACUGCACUAGGAGGAGGAAGUUCUCAGAAUGCUGAAACAUUACCUGUUCAGAGGGUUGCUCCUGAAGGGGUAUUGACUUGGUUCUUGGAUAAGGAUGCUGCUUCCAAACUGUAACGUAAAAGAUAUACCUUGAUAGGGUCUGAUCGAAUGUAAGUUAUUCCUCACAACGAGGGUGUUAGGCUUGUGCAAUGCAUUUGAAUAAGAGAGUUUGUAUGUUCGUCUCUAGGCUAGAGUUAAUAAGUGAUGUUUGAUCUUGAUGCAUGGUAUCAUCUGAAACGAGGCAAGCUUCAAAAACAUCCUAGACGGUCUGGUCUUGGGUGAUGCAGGAUGGUGGAUUGGAUCCCUCUUCUCUUAGGUAGGACUUCUGGAAGAGUUUAUUCAUCUCUCCUCUGUCACCCAUGGUUCUUGUUUGAAGUUGUCUUGAACUCAAAACACUCGAGUUUUUGGACUAAAUUACUUGAUGAAUUCUCAACAAA